CCGUACAAGAUUUGAUCCUGCAAGACGUUGCCCCAAUAACUGAAAAACCGCUGGAUGUCGCUGUUUGAGCAGAUACGCUUGUGAAUUUCAGCAGCCGAGGAAAAGUAAUAAUGGCGGCGUCCUGUGAGUGGAAAUCAUGUGAAGAAACGGAAACUGAUGCGUAUAUUGUUAAAUUCUCUAAUGGAAUCGUGAAAAAUGCAGAACAUCUACACUUCAAACUCUUCAAACACGAAGAUGGACUCAACCCCAGAAAGAAAAACAGACGAAUUGUGGUUGCAGAAUCAAAUAGACUUCCCUAUGUUGGGAACAACUUUGGGCCUGGAUCAUUGCAAUGUAAUAAUCUGUGCAGGUAUUUUGUGGGAGUUCUGGACAAGAGCACUAUGCAAAUGAAGGUUCAUAAUGCUCAGCUGUUCAAUAUGCUGCCUACUAUACCAGGUGAAUCAGCAGCAGAUGACAACACAACGCAAGCUGAGACAUACAGAGAGAAGGUGGAUGCUCUCAUUGAAGCAUUUGGGACGACUAAACAGAAACGUGCUCUGACCUCCAGGAGACUCAAUGAAGUGGGCAAUGAAAUGCUUCAGCGGACUGUGGCAGAGGCCGCCAGCAACAUCAUAGAUCGGAAGGGAGUGGAUGCUCUGCAUAAUGAAGUGGUUGAGGCUCAGACAGAUACUGCCCUCUUCCUCCCCCCAUGCAACACUGCGGCAGACAAACCAGAAGAUGUAUACCCCUUUGACUACCUGCUGUCUCCAAAAGAGCUUAAUGCACUGAAGGAUGUUGGAAUGAAGAUGGCAACGCUGACCCCUGAAAACCUGCAGGAAAUGAAAGUUGAGUUUUGUCCACAGACUGUUAUUAAACAUCUCGAAUCACUUCCCAACGAGGCCGCAGCUCGUGACAGACAGGCUUGUUGUGCCUGGUAUCUGUCCUUCCUCAUCAAAGUCUCGCAACGAAAAUGGAUACCCCACAAAUUUGCUACUGAGAGUGGAUGUCCCAAAAUCAUCUUCGACAAAGUGCGGAAGAAUUUCACAGUGGAGAGUUUCCACAACAGCCUCAUCAAGAACACAGUGUCGAUGUCCAUGCGUAUGAAACUGGCUUCUCACUGUUUGGCUUUACUGCUGCACAUGGAUGAUCAGACGGCUGAUCUCACACUCUUACACAGAGACCUGGGCAUCACCGAAAACAAAAUGUUAGAGUUGGCCAAGGCCAUGGGACUGACCCUGUCCCGUCAGACUGUCAUUAACGAGGAAGGAAUAAAGGAUGAGCACAGGAUGGGCUCUCUGGUGCUUCCACUGGUGUUUUAUGAUCGACGGAUGGAACGCAGGAAACGCAAGAGGAUGAACUGAGCUGUGGACAGUAGUAUGUUUCUAAGCUGUGUAAGAACAGGCUAUAACUGCAUUUCAUUUUGCAGUUUCACAAAUGUGCUCAAUUAACAGUGUUUGUGUAAGAUUGAAUUGGAAAAUAAAAGACUAUUUAGUAAAUGGAAAUUGGAA